AUGUGCUCUACAACUCUCAGCUUUUUUGCUUCCGACAUAAAUUAUUCAAAAUUUCUACAUGCUUUUACUAUACUUGAAAUUUUCAUUCACUCUUUUGGAGCAUACAUCAUCAUUGCAAAAACGCCGAAAAGGCUGGAAUCCGUGAAGGCGAGCAUGCUGUUUCUACACUUUGUUGGAGCAUUUGUCGAUGUCUAUUUCAGUGUUCUCAUUAUGCCAGUGCUACAUUUGCCUGUUUGUGGAGGCCAUCCGCUUGGCUUACUUUCAUUUUUCGGCGUUCCAGUCUUAUUGCAAACUUAUGUGGGGCUUUCUUUACCUGCAGUAAUAGUCGCGACCAUUGUGGUGUUUCUGGAUGAUCGUCGAUAUCGGUUGGUUAACGGUCAAAAGUCGAGCAAAAUCCGAAAAUGGUAUCGGUUAUUGUUUGUUACAUCAAGUUAUGUUUCUGCUACCAUGUACCCUGCGCCGGUUUUCUUUUUGCUCCCUGAUCAAGAAUCUGGAAGACUUGUAUUGAAAAGUAAAAGCCAGUGUAUUCCAACCGAUGUUUUCGAUCAUCCAAACUUCUUUUUACUCGAUCUCAAUGGUAACAAUAUUGCGAUUUGCAUGUUAUUAUUGAUGAUUAUUCUUAUAUCUCAACUGUUGAUGCAAUUCGGGCUGAUUUUCCGUCAUUUGCUCAAAAGUACACCCAUUUCUAGAAGCACAAUUCGAUUACAACAACAAUUUUUUAUCGCUAUGAGCAUGCAAGUUAUCCUUCCAAUUGUCAUAAUUGCUUUUCCAGCUUUCUAUAUUCUUUUUUCAAUUAUAUCUGGUUAUCAUAAUCAAGGUGCAACCAACAUAGCGUUCAUGGUAAUGUCCAUACAUGGAGUGUUAUCCACUUUAACAAUGCUCAUGGCAUACAGACAUUAUAGAGAAUCAAUUUUGGAAAUGUUGAAUCUGAAUUUAUAUCGGUCAGGUGGUAGUGCUCAACGUAUUUGGAAGCUUUCAAAAAGGACAAUUACUCGAUUUUAGAAAGUGGAAUCGACAGUUGAUGCAGUUCGAGAUCCUAAAUUCUUCGAGAACAUUCACUUCAUCUUUUCCUCACUUGAUUUCACACCAGCCCACCCGUAUAAGUGAAAACGGUCUAAUUGUAGUAUGGCCAGCUCAUUCCCAACCCCGCCCUCUAUGUAUUUAACCCAAUCUUCCUGUAUGUCAUUUUUAUUAUUUUCACAGUAACCUGCCGUAAGAUGGACUACAAAAUAUGAACUGCAAAUGUCG